AGCUCCGCCCCCGAGGCCCGGGGAAGGGUGGCGGCUGGCUCUGCUGCCCCGCCGCCCUCUGCCCUGGGCGCUGGGUCGGAGCGGGCCGGGUACGGCGGGACCGGGCGAGCGCAGCGUACUGGGACUUCGAGGCGAAGAUGGCGUCAGGCAGGCGCGCUCCGCGCACCGGGUUGCUAGAACUGCGCUCCGGGGCGGGCUCCGGGGCGGGUGGUGAGCGGUGGCAGCGGGUGUUGCUCACUCUGGCGGAGGACGCGCUGACCGUGAGCCCCGCCGACGGCGAGCCCGGCCCGGAGCCCGAGCCCGCGCAGCUCAACGGCGCCGCUGAGCCCGGCGCGGCGUCCCCACAGCUGCCAGAGGCGCUGCUGCUCCAGCGGCGCCGCGUGACGGUGCGCAAGGCCGACGCCGGCGGGCUCGGCAUCAGCAUCAAGGGAGGCCGGGAAAACAAGAUGCCUAUUCUCAUUUCCAAGAUCUUCAAGGGGCUGGCAGCAGACCAGACGGAGGCCCUCUUUGUCGGCGAUGCCAUCCUCUCUGUGAAUGGUGAAGAUUUGUCCUCUGCCACCCAUGAUGAAGCAGUACAGGCCCUCAAGAAGACGGGCAAGGAGGUUGUGUUGGAGGUUAAGUAUAUGAAGGAGGUCUCACCGUAUUUCAAGAAUUCUGCUGGUGGGACCUCCGUUGGCUGGGACUCACCUCCUGCCUCGCCUCUUCAGCGUCAGCCUUCUUCCCCUGGCCCCCAACCCCGGAACCUCAAUGAGGCCAAACAUGUAUCUUUGAAGAUGGCGUAUGUCUCAAGGAGGUGUACCCCCACUGACCCGGAGCCCAGGUAUCUGGAGAUCUGUGCAGCAGAUGGCCAGGACACUCUCUUCUUGAGGGCCAAGGAUGAGGCCAGUGCAAGGUCAUGGGCAGGUGCCAUCCAAGCUCAGAUCAGCACAUUUAUACCUUGGGUCAAGGAUGAGCUGCAGGCGCUGCUGACAGCCACAGGUACAGCUGGGAGCCAGGACAUCAAGCAGAUUGGCUGGCUCACGGAACAGUUGCCCAGUGGGGGUACAGCACCAACCCUGGCCCUGCUGACUGAGAAGGAGCUGCUCCUCUACUGCUCUCUCCCCCAGACUCGAGAGGCCCUGAGCAGGCCGGCCCGCACUGCCCCGCUCAUUGCCACCAGGCUGGUGCACUCAGGCCCUUCCAAGGGCUCAGUGCCCUAUGAUGCAGAGCUCUCCUUUGCCCUGCGCACGGGUACACGCCACGGUGUGGACACUCACCUGUUCAGUGUGGAGUCGCCGCAGGAGCUGGCAGCCUGGACCCGACAGUUGGUGGAUGGCUGUCACCGGGCUGCUGAAGCCUGCACGUGGAAUGGCCGUCCCUGCAACCUAUCCGUGCACAUUGACAAGGGCUUCACACUGUGGGCAGCUGAGCCAGGAGCAACCCGAGCUGUGCUGCUCCGACAGCCCUUUGAGAAACUUCAGAUGUCAUCAGAUGAUGGCAUGAGUCUCCUUUUCCUGGACUUUGGGGGUGCUGAAGGAGAGAUCCAGCUGGACCUGCAUUCGUGUCCCAAAACCAUGGUCUUUAUCAUCCACUCUUUCCUGUCUGCCAAGGUCACCCGCUUGGGGCUCUUGGCCUAGAAGUUGUCAGGUGAACUAGGCCUGAAGAGGAACGUUCAUCUUGUGACCUGACCCGUCCUUCUGCUGACUGCCUGCUCAUCUGUGGGCUGAGGGAAGGGAGAGGAGGGGAACUAGGGCCUCAGAGACCAACCUGAGGAAGCAGAACUCAGACCUGGGACAGUGAGUCUGGCUUGUGAUGGGGCAGCCUUCCUACUGCUCACCUCCACCAGUGCCUUUCGAAGAGAGAUAUUUUGUGUACACAGAAGCCAUUCCGAGGCUGGGACCUGACCCUGUGGGGAUCCAUCCCAUCUCCAGUCAACAGCAGAGCUGCCACGCCUCCUGGAGGCCCCUAAGCCACCCUGAGAUCUCUGCAGAUGGAGUCUUCUGGGUCAGUGGCAAGAGGAGGAAGAGGAGCCUUUCUGUUCACUCUCCCUUGGGCCCUGAGGGCUGUCUGGGCUCUCUCCUCCUCUCUCUCCUUCCUCUUGAUAAUAAACAGCCUAUGAGCACAUAGGCA